AUGAGGACCUCCUCCGGGACGAGUGCGGCUACACAGGCCCCUAUCCGUGAGUACCUGCACUCAACCUCUCCCUCGACGCCCGACCGUGACCUCUGGAUUGCACCGCAUUGUGACUUACCCCUUCAUAGGUACUGGGAUGAACAAGAGGACCAAGCGAGGGCACCUUUGAAGAAUGCCAGUGACUGGAGCACGAGCCCGACUGCCGGCUUCGGCACCGGCAACACCGAUGCGGACGGCUGCGUCCAGGACGGACCUUUUGCGUAUCUACCGCUCAACCUGACGACCGAGCUCACGCGCACCAGCGACAGCUGCCUGAAACGGGUGUUCAACCAGACGCAUUUCGACUCCGUCUCGCAGACCAUCGUCGACAGUUGCAUGGACAUCGACGACUACUGGUCCAUGUGGGCGUGUCUCGGAAACACGCCGCAUACGGGCGGUCAUUUCGGUGUCGGUGGCACGAUGGAACACGUCUCCUUCUCUGCCUUUGACCCAAUCUUCUUCCUGCACCCCACGAACCUGGACCGCCUCUGGACGCAGUGGCAGUCGAAGAACGCCAGUCGGUUGACGGCCAUGGGUGGGCCGCUGGUGGCGCCGCAGACCCUGUUCGGAGAAGCGCAGCCCUUCUUCCUGUGGGUCAACGCCUUCGUGCCCUAUUUUGGGGAUCACGGGAACGUGACCACGUUGAACCAUACGCUCUGGCUGGCGGGACUCGCGGAGAACAUCACCGUGGCCGAUGCGAUGGAUGUGAACAAUGAGAAGAUCUGUAUCACCUAUGAUUAG